AUGGAGGUGUCUGGACGGAGUGAAACGCCAAGGAAAAAUAUAUAUCAUGAAAAUAUUCAAUGCCAGCCGUGUCAGGGAGAAGGUGACGAAGUGUCAGCGGAAGGAUACUGUGAAAAUUGUAAUGAGUAUUUCUGUUCAUCAUGUUUGAGGGUCCAUCGCAAACUGGCGGUGACAAAGAACCACGUGCUUAAAUGUAAAGAUCAAAUGCCGAAAACCAAGGUUAAAAUAAAUCCUUCCGUAGAGCCAUGCAGUAUCCACAAAUCUGAGAUAAUAAGGUACUAUUGUUAUCUGCAUGAUUCGGUUGGUUGUGGUGAUUGUAUGAUCACAGAUCAUAAGUCAUGUAAAGUUGGGCUUGUUUCAGAUGUAGCCGCUGACUUUAGUAACAGUAGAGAAAUUACAAUGAUCAAACGAAAGAUGGGGGAAAUCGAGAGAAGAAUCAGUUAUGUCAAGGAAGAAAUGAAAGGCAAUUUUAAAUUCAUAGCAAAAAUGAAGGCAAAGGUAGUACAAGAGAUAAAACUGUACAGGAUCGAACUAAACUCUUAUCUUGACCAAGCUGAAGCAGAACUUUUAAACGAGGUUGAACAACUGAACACGAAAGACGUCGCUAUGCAAAAUAACUACAUGAAAGAGUGUGAUUCAAUUGAAGCUGAAAUAAAACAUUUUCAGGAGAAGAUAAAGCAAUAUGAAACUAAGAUCAAUCCGUUGUUCGUAACAGUCAAACUUGCGCAGAAAAAAAUGGAGACAUGCCAAGAAUCAGUAAUUAGUUUUUCAUCUGCCGCAACAAUGAACAGUUCUACGUUUGAGCCAUCAAAAGAUAUACAAGCUCUAAAGGCAUCGCAUUCUCUCAUCGGAAAACUUGCCGUAGUAACCAAGCCAUGUUUUACCGAACAGAAACGACGUAUUAUGGAUAUGGAAGCACAGUAUGUGGGAGAGCUGAACGUUCAAGGUGAACAGGAGGCCGGGUGCACUAUAUCAGGAAUGGCUAUGCUUUCUUGUGAAGAAAUCUUGCUUGCUGAUGGCAAAAGCAAGUGUUUGAAAAUUUUCAAUCUUUUAGAAAAUAAGAUAACUUCAACAUAUAUUACUUCUCCACCCGAAAGGCCAUGGGACGUGACUGUAAUCAAUGCGCACAAAAAUGCAGCAACUUUACCUGAUGUAGGAAAGAUUCUUCUCAUAAAUACCAAAAAUGGACUGUCCGGAGCUCACUGCCUAAAAGUGCGGACAAAUUGCAGAGGAAUUUGCAGCAUUAAAGGUACUCUUGUCGUGUCUUUUGACUCACCGGCUUCUAUCCAAAUACUGGAUAUGAAAGGAUACAUUUUAUGUUCAGUCAAGGAUACGCGUAUGUUAAGUUUUCCAGGACAUUUAGUUUGGAGUAAAUAUAGCGAGAGCAUUUAUGUGUCAGAGUUUACAAAGAAGACUGUCUGUGAGCUUACAGCAGAAGGACAAUUAAAGGCUACAUAUAAAUCGGAUAAUUUGAAAGGGCCGAGAGGUCUUACAGUAACCAGUGAUGGAACUGUUGUUGUUUGCAGUGAAAAUGAUAGUGAUAAAGUCAGCAUUAUGGUACAAAAUGAUACAGAGAUGCUGCCACUGUAUGUGAGCAACGUUCAGAGGCCAAUGUCUCUCCUUUUUUGCGAAGACAGCAACAAAAUGUAUAUUAGUGAGCACAGUACCCCGUAUAUCAAAACAUUUGAUUUGAAACCGCGGAAUGUACACUUAUGA